GAACUUCUAUUACAUCACGAUGCUGAGGGAUCCGGUGUCGCGGUACUUGAGUGAAUGGAAGCAUGUCCAGAGGGGUGCGACGUGGAAAACUUCCCUUCAUAUGUGCGAUGGAAGAAGCCCAACACCAGACGAGCUGCCUACCUGUUACGAAGGAGAUGACUGGUCUGGAGUCAGCUUACAGGAAUUCAUGGAUUGUAGCUACAACUUGGCCAACAACCGCCAGGUGCGCAUGCUGGCAGACCUCAGCCUGGUGGGAUGCUACAACUUGACUUUCAUGAAUGAGAGUGAAAGAAAUACAAUUCUUCUCCAAAGCGCCAAGAGCAAUCUGAAAAAUAUGGCCUUCUUUGGGCUCACAGAAUUUCAGAGGAAAACGCAGUAUCUCUUUGAGAGGACAUUCAACCUGAAAUUCAUUUCCCCAUUUACCCAAUUCAAUGUUACACGGGCCUCCAAUGUGGACAUUGGUGAGGAUGUACGGCAACGGAUAGAGGAGCUGAAUUUCUUGGACGUGCAACUGUACGAAUAUGCAAAGGACCUUUUCCUGCAGCGCUUCCAGUACUCCAAGCAAGAGGAGCAUCAGAAGAACCGGCUAAAGAGGCGCGAGGAGCGGCGGCUGCUGCGGGAGCAGCAAGUUCACCAGUGGCCGAGGGAAGAGGCAGCAGAAGUAGCUGUUACUGAAGAUUAUAAUAGUCAGGUAGCAAGGUGGUGA